AGUAGUAUAAUAUAGGACGUUCUCUUGUGAGUAGUUCUGGUAUACAUCAGGAUCAAUUAAACUCUUUAUCUACAGUAACUUUACUAUUGGUGGAACCAGUCAUGUAAAGAAAUGAUGGGAAAAUAAUUUGUACAAUAGAAUUCUUAAAUCGGUAAAUGGAGAGUGGGUGUCCCCCUCUUAUAUACGUAUAAAUACGAUUUUCUCUACUCUAUAAUUUCAUGUGUUGACAUAUAUAAUUGUACAUUGAAAUUCAAACAAUUGAUUGAAUAUUUAGAUACGAUAAAAAUAUUAAUAUGUGCAACAAAUUGGACUAGUAAGAUCUUUAAUCGCUUGUGUGAUUUCAGUUCGAUCUGGAGAAAUUAAAGGAUAACUAUCCUAUAACUUCAAUUCCGAUAUUCCCAUUGGUGAAUGUCGCAGUUUUAGAUAGCUAAUUGUCAAAGAUUUAGUUAAUUCAAUUUUGUCAUUGUCUGCAUCACGUUUUGGGAUGUUAGCUCUACUGGAAUUCCCAUGUGGAGUGUAUCGUUUCAGAUAACGCAUAGGUAACGAUCAAAGGCGUUAUUGUACAUUUUUUGUUGCCACGUGCUUGGAAAUAUGAUGUUCUGGGAUUCUGCAUUACUUGAUAAGUUAACAAAUCGAAUAUAAUUGAUCUUAUUUAUUGGAGAAAUUAACUUGAGUCAACAGCAAAAAUUUAGAAAACUUUACAGUGGAAUAAAAGAGCAACCAGUUUAAUAAUAAUAAUAGUAUUCAAAGUACGAACAAAACACGUGUUAAAAUAGAAGGAGGUAUCGAAUGGCAAACAAUGAUUAGUGCUUGUGGUAGAAUGUGGCGUUUUGCAGUUUCAAAAAGUGUAUUAUAUAUUUGACUGUAUGAGGAUAUUUGAAGUAAGCAUUGGGGAGUAUGCUACCCCUAAUUCAUUAUGAUAUCACCUGAGAGGAAUAUUUUAUGUGUUUUCCUGAUCUGGUUGACAUUGAGGUGUGCUAAUUGUCUUCCUAAAGAAAUCACUGUGGGAGGUCUGUUUGGUGAGGAAGAAGACGAAAGGAUACAUAACGCAUUUAAACACGCUGUAUAUUGGAUAAACCAUCAACACGAGUUCUUCCGAGACAACCAACUGGUGUUCGACACUAGAAUUUUACAAACUAAGGACCUGUUUAAAUCUACUAAAGAAGUUUGUUUACAAAUGGAUUUAUCUCCAGCAGCUUUAUUUGGACCAAGAUCACCAGAAAUGUCUUCAUACGCCAAUUCCAUGUGUAGAUACUUACACAUUCCCCAUUUAGAGUACCGAGAAGAACCGACUUACCGCCGUACAGCAAGUUUCUCAAUCAACCUUCAUCCUAGUCCGGUAGAGUUGGCUAAGGCGUAUCUGGACGUUAUCAACUAUUAUAAUAUGGACCAUUUAAUGAUACUCUAUGCAUCUAGUAGUGGGUUAACAAAAAUGCAAGUUAUAAUACAAGAUAUUUCUAAAGAAUCUGGAAAAGCGAUACAUUUACGACAGGUCAGUUCAAAUACCAACAUGAGGGAAUUAUUGAUGGAAGCCAAGAGAAAGCAAUGGACCAAUAUCUUAGCCGAUCUAAAUGCAUCGCAGACAUCUUUAUUACUCAAAAUGGCUCUUCAACAAGGAAUGAUUAAUCCGUAUCAUCAUUAUGUUUUAACAACAUUGGAUAUAGAGACAUUAAAUUUAGAUGACUACAAAUAUAACCAUGUGAAUAUAACAGGAUUCCGAUUGGUAGAUCCGAAGAACAAGUUUGUCAAGCUUAUAACUGAUGAUAUGUAUAUUUACCAAAUGAACACUCGACUGCCUCUGUUGAGUAUGGAAACCCAUAACACAAUACCGUAUGAGUCGGCUCUUUUAUUUGAUGCAGUCUUGUUAUUCGCAAAAUCACUAGAAGAACAAGCGAAAUAUCACAUAAUAAGACCGGUGAAUGUAUCUUGUGAAGGAGAUGACGUUUGGAGAUCCGGGUUAGAUCUGUUUAACUACCUAAAUACGGUUAAAAUAUCAGGAUUGACAGGUGACUUAUUGUUACAACAUGGAAGACGUCUACUGUUUAAUCUAGACAUUGUACAAUUAAUGAAAGAGGGACUCGAAAAAACAGGUACAUGGAGUUUGGACAGAGGACUGAAUAUAAGUUCUGAACAAAGAUAUGUAUUACUCGGAAACAAGACGUUAGUUGUGUCUUCAAACCUUAAAAAGACUUUAAUUGUGAGCACUGCCCUAGAAGCACCUUAUGUAAUGUUAAAAGAAACCACUGGUAAUCAACAGUUGAAAGGUAAUGACAGAUAUGAAGGCUUCUGUGUUGAUCUGUUGAAAUCUAUUGCAAAGAAUGUUGGAUUUGAUUAUGAAAUAAAAGUUGUUCCCGACGAAUUAUAUGGUGCUUAUGAUGCCAAAACAGGUGAAUGGAACGGUAUAAUCAAAGAAUUAAUAGAAAAGAGAGCAGACAUGUCCAUGGCUGCAUUGACUAUAAACUAUGAACGUGAACAAUAUAUAGAUUUUUCCAAACCAUUCCUUAAUCUUGGAAUCAGCAUAUUGUUUAGAAUGCCAAAGAAAGAGAAACCCGGAUUAUUCUCUUUUUUAAAUCCUCUUGCAAUGGAGAUAUGGAUUUAUUUAAUAGCAGCGUAUAUGACUGUUAGUUUUAGUAUAUUCGUGCUGGCACGAUUCAGUCCCUAUGAAUGGUAUAACCCACACCCAUGCAUUCCAGAAACAGACUCUGUGGAGAAUACGUUUAAUUUAUCAAACAGUUUUUGGUUUGCCAUUGGAACAUUAAUGCAGCAAGGAUCGGAUGUGAAUCCGAGAGCCGUGUCGACCAGAAUAGUUGGCUCAACUUGGUGGUUCUUUACACUUAUUAUUAUAUCAUCCUAUACUGCUAACUUAGCAGCAUUUUUAACUAUAGAAAGACUAGUGUCACCUAUAGAAAGUGCAGAAGAUUUAGCAAAACAAACUGAAAUUGCAUAUGGAACUCGCGAAAGUGGUACAACCAUGUCCUUUUUCAAGAAUUCACAAUUUGAAAUUUAUCAACGAAUGUGGAAUUAUAUGAAAGGACGUGAGAAAACGGUGAUGAUGAAAUCCGGAUCAGAAGGCAUUGAACGUGUUAAAAAGGGUGGAUAUGCAUUUUUUAUGGAGUCUACAGGAAUUGACUAUAUCACAAAACAAGACUGUAGAUUAAUGCAAGUUGGGGGUUUACUCGAUUCCAAAGGUUUUGGAAUGGCCACCCCUAUGGGUUCACCGCUCAGAGACAAGCUGUCUAUGGCCAUUUUACACUUCCAAGAAGAGGGUUUAAUACAAUCAUUGUACGAAAAAUGGUGGAAAGGGUCGGAAAAUUGCGAUGCCGACGGUGGCCCAGCAGCUGGCAAAGCUAGUCCUUUAGGAGUCUAUAAUGUCGGCGGUAUUUUUGUCGUUCUGAUGGGUGGCCUUGCAUUAUCUGUGAUCGUAGGAAUCUGUGAAUUUGUUGUAAAAUCAAGGAAGAAUGCUAGAGAAGAUAGGGAAUCUGUAUGUUCAGAAAUGGCGAAAGAACUUAGAUUUGCUGUACGGUGCCAUGGGUCUUCAAAGAAAAUUAACAAGUCGUUGUGUAACAAAUGUAAUGACAGACAUGCGCGCUCAAUUCCAUGCGCACUAGAUGAAUCAAUUGACACUCUUCCAAAUGGUGUGAUUCGAUUACACGAUAUGAGAAAAUCACCAUAUCAUUCUCGAAAAGAGUUGAAUAAUCGGUAUAAAGACAGCGGUUACUUACAUGUAGAUUAUAGCGAUACAGAUACUAUGUAACUUGAAUUUCUUAACUAUGGCCGCCAUUGACAUAUAAUAUACCUUAUUUAUGUUUUUGAAUUAUUUGAGGUAUAUUUAUUGAAAACAUGUAAAUAUUUCAUUAUUUUCAUAAUUUAUACAAAUUCACUUCUAUGUUUUUGGUGUGAAUAUUCCAUAAGAGUACGUGGCAUUUUUUAGGUAGAUAAAGGUUUUGACUUUUUUCAGCUGGUCUGAGAUAAAACAAAAAAGAUCGUGUGUUGUGUUUUAAAUACCUUUAUGAAGAGUUCGGUUUAUUGUUCGUAAUUUAGCCUUACAUGUAUGUAUAUAUCGCUUUAAUCAUGUAUCAUUUUAAAUUCCCGAUUGUUCUUUUUUGAAAGUUUAGCUGUAAGAUAACGUAGUAUGUUGAAGGCCGUACGGUGACCUAUAGUUGUUAAUGUCUGUGUAAGUUUGGUCUCUUGUGGACAGUUGUCUCAUUGGCAAUCAUACCACAUCUUCUUUUAAUAUACACAUUUACA